GAUCGUGUGCCAAAAUUUCAAGGUCCUUAUUAUUGAGCUGACUUGUUCGGUGAGUCGCAUCCAAACCGCGAAACUCAAGCAUCAUGCGCUCACUUGCAAACUUCCACGCUUAUUUAUCGACGACAAUCAAUCACUCCCCUCCCCAUCCCCAAUCCCUUUCAGAUAUCAACCGUCCAAUCGCUUUCACCAUCGAUUCCCACACUGUCUUUUACACUCCAGAUCUCGCAUCCGAGGUCGAGCGAUCGAUCAUCGAUGAAGCCCAUCGCCGAUUGCGGCGGCGAUCUGCUCAGAGCUCCUCAGAUCCUCCGCAUCUCCGUCCUCUUCCUGGUCGCCACCGCCGCCUUCUACCUCGGAAAGGUUAAGGUUAAAAUUGGGAGGUUUAGGGUUUGCGAUGAGGGGAUGAGGGAGUAUAUACCGUGUUUGGACAAUGCGGCUGCGAUCAAGAAGCUGAAGUCGGCGGAGAGAGGGGAGAGGUUCGAGAGGCACUGUCCUGAGAAGGGGCUGGAUUGCUUGGUUCCGGCGCCAAAGGGUUAUAAGGCGCCGAUCCCCUGGCCGCAGAGCAGAGAUGAGGUAUGGUUCAGUAAUGUACCACAUACACGUUUGGUUGAGGAUAAAGGAGGACAAAAUUGGAUUACACGGGAUAAAGAUAAGUUCAAGUUUCCUGGGGGAGGAACUCAGUUCAUACACGGAGCUGACAAAUAUCUUGAUCAGAUAUCUGAGAUGAUUCCGGAUAUUGCAUUUGGUAAACAUACUAGAGUUGCACUGGAUGUUGGAUGUGGGGUAGCAAGUUUUGGUGCUUUUCUACUUUCAAGGAAUGUACUCACCUUGUCAGUAGCCCCAAAAGAUGUUCAUGAGAACCAGAUUCAAUUUGCUUUGGAACGUGGUGUGCCUGCAAUGGUAGCAGCUUUUGCAACACAUCGGUUAUUGUAUCCAAGUCAGGCAUUUGACCUGAUUCAUUGCUCCAGGUGUCGAAUAAAUUGGACCCGUGAUGAUGGAAUUCUGCUUCUUGAGCUCAAUAGAAUGCUCAGAGCUGGAGGUUACUUUGCUUGGGCUGCACAGCCAGUUUACAAACACGAAGAGCUUCAACAAGAAGCAUGGAGAGAGAUGGAAGACCUUACAACUCGAAUGUGUUGGGAGCUUGUAAGGAAAGAAGGCUAUAUUGCAAUAUGGAGGAAGCCUUUGAACAAUUCAUGCUAUUCCAAUCGUGACUCAGGAAUCCAACCACCACUUUGCGAUGUUGAGGAUGACCCAAACAGUGUGUGGUAUGUUAAUCUGAAACCAUGCAUCAGUCGCCUUCCUGAGAAUGGGUAUGGAGCAAAUAUUACAGACUGGCCUGCUCGUCUGCAUGAGCCUCCAAAGAGGCUCCAGAAUGUGGAGAUGGAUGCUUAUAUGGUUAAAAAUGAACUCUUCAAGGCAGAAGAAAAAUAUUGGAAUGACACUGUUCAAGGUUAUAUACGUGUUUAUCGUUGGAAAACGUUGAAAUUGCGGAAUAUUAUGGAUAUGAGGGCUGGUUUUGGAGGGUUUGCAGCUGCAAUCAAUGAUCAGCAAAUGAAUAGCUGGGUGAUGAAUGUUGUCCCAGUUAGCGGACGCAACACCCUGCCCGUAAUAUAUGAUCGUGGUCUCAUAGGAGUGAUGCAUGACUGGUGCGAGCCAUUUGAUACAUAUCCUCGGACCUAUGACUUUUUGCAUGCAUCUGGCCUCUUCUCCAAAGAACAAAAAAGGUGCAACAUCACAUCGAUCUUGCUGGAGAUGGAUCGGAUACUAAGACCUGGAGGAUUAGCUUACAUACGUGAUACAAAAUCUAUCCUUGAAGAUAUCAAAGAAAUCACAGAGGCCAUGGGAUGGAGGUCAGACCUCAGAGACACAGCUGAAGGUCCAUAUGCAAACAGGAAAAUUUUGACAUGCCAGAAGCAAAGGUUGCAUUGAAACUGAAUAAAAGG